UCCUCCUAUAAAUAGAGCCAAUAUGCAGGCUAUGGAGAUAUAGCAAGCAAGUGAUCAUACCAGUAAACACAGAAGCCUUUCCAUCUUACUCUUAAUCUCAGAUCAACCAUGUCUUCCACCUGCGGAAACUGCGACUGCGCUGACCAGAGCCAGUGCACAAAGAAAGGAAGCAGCUAUGCUCUCGACAUUGUAGAGACUGAGAAGAGCCGCUUUGACGACAUUUUCAUGGAGGUUCUGGUAGCCGAGAAUGAUGGCAAGUGCAAGUGUGGCACCAACUGCACUUGCACUAACUGCACUUGUGGGCAUUAAGCAGAAUACAAGGAAACAUGAUGCGCAAGCUAUUUACAAAUAACUAAUGUAAUGGUGUUGAAUAAUUCGUGUCCUCCAUCAUACUACCUGUGAGUGUGUGUGUGUGUGUCAUGUUUGUGUUUCCUUCAGAGCUCUGUAAUGGCCAAGACUUUGGCCUUGUGCGGUCAAAUGAAGUGCUAUUAAUUUAGUAUAAA